CUUCCACAAUGUGUCGUCCGCACUGGCCGUAAGCAUUGUUGCCCAUGCUGAACACUACGAGAGACACACAGCGAGGAUAUUUACACCUACAUGGUUUGAAGGUAAUCAUUCUUCUCAAGCAAGAGCCUUAAUUGUCUCACAGUGAGACGAACAAAACAUAUGAGCGUAUGAAUCGACCUCCUUCGCUGUCAGUUAGCACGAGUGCGUGGGCCCGUCCGCACGAGACCUGCAUCACGCGUGUUUUCUGCGGUUCUCGUAGAGGCAGCAGUACGGGCGAUGGCUCCAGCACGUAAUCGUAACUGUGAACUGAAAGCACAACAUGGAUGCAGCUGGCAAUCAUCCGCACACACAAAAAAAAAAAGAAUAUUUCUACUAGUACUGUAGGACAUCACGACAGGCAUCGUCAAAAUAAUGUACUUUCCAUCGACUUUUUACACGUAUAUCGUCACUGUCACCUUAAAGAGACUUGCUCCUGCAAUUUACAUUCUGGACAGCAGAUGGCGCCUCACCUGAUACAUUAUAGGAUUCCAAAUGCCUUGGUAUGACCACCAGUCGGCAUCAAGAUGUCCCUAACAGUUAUAAAAUAGGCUCCUCCUGCCGACUGUACUUGAGCAAUGCAUGCAAGAUAAUUGAGAAUAGCAACACAUACCGUAUAUUCCACACAGAACACAGACAACAAAAUUUGUUUUAAUUGCAGUAUAAACUAUAUAAUGCUAACUUAAUAUACCGCAGUCUUAAAAGUCAAAACUACAAUACUAGUCACUUGUAUUAGUAGAUUAUUUAUUUUAGAUAUCUUUACACUAGUGCAAAAAUACACAUAUGCUUCCGUUUACACUGGAUAGUUUUAGUUAGUGGCACUACUUGGUGCAUUUAACAUUUGUGGCAGGUCAGUUUAAUGUGAAUUCAAAAACAAUUUGAGUCAGGGAAAAGUUAUUGUAAUUGUAUAAUUUUUUACAACAUAAUUAUGAAUGUAUUAUGUCGUGGCAUAUCAAUAUCAUGAUAUAAAAUGGCCCAUGUCAUGAUAAGAUUUUCAUCAUAUCGCACGGCACUAAUUUCUACGACCUAUACUAGUCUUACGUCGGCUACGCUGCGUGCGUUGGAACCCGAGCUGAGAGUCCUUGUUGAGGCCGGCACCCCACAACUUGGUCACAUCUCUCGUGGAUGAGGCGAGGAGGGUGAAGCCGUACCCACAGGCGGCGGACGAGAUCUGACAAAAGUGGAGCCGUUACUCAACCGCACAUCACUCAACCAUAGAUGGGAGAGGCUUCCCUCCUACCUGCUCUGCCGUCUCCAGUCGGUAAGGUGUGAGCUGGUAUUUGCGAGGCUUCUUCCUGCCGCUGUCAGGGAUCACAAAGCUGGGAAUGCCCAGUGCUCCCGUGAAGCUGAAGCCCCACACAAACACUUUAUGGCUGGGUUUUCUGUGCUGACCCACGUACUGGAACACCGGAACACUUCCGGUUUGCUCCCACGGAUUCUGGGUGCCGCUGAGUGUCGCAUGGCUGCAACAGUGAACUUUGAGCACAGAGAGGAGGCGCCGUCGAGUGCAUUGAAGAGACAUGACGCUAAAAAACAAAUGGAAUGGAUUAAAUAUUUUGUUGACAAAUAUAGGUGUCCUUCUGCCGUGAAUUUAAAUGAGUUUGUCACUAGUUAAGUCCAAUCCAUUUAAAGUACGGGAGCUGAUCAGGUCUCCCAGGUCAAAUCUAUUGGAUGUCCGUCUCUGUCAAUUGCAGCAAUGCAUCAAUAUUUGAAGAGGGAAAUAUGAGCUGAGACAUGACUUUUUUGAGUUGAAAAUGUGGUCAUGGGACAAAUAAAACUAAUGUAACAAUGCACCAUUUCCCUCUUUCUAUAGUAUGGAAAGAGGGAAUGGCGAAUGAGGGAAUACUGUAUAGAAUCUAUACAAUGUAUAGACCAGUACAUUAUAAACAAGGAUGAUGCACACCAAAGAUUUACACUCACUCACACACAACAACAAGGUCUCACUCAUGUAGGUAAAUAACACAUUUACAACAAACAUGCAUGACAAGGACUCACAUACUUAUAUGUAUGACAUAUAUGAGGGUAGAUUUAUGACGGCCAUGUAAGUUCCUGGCGUCCAUCUUGCGUCAGAGGACUUCCCGGGUACUCGAUAGUAGCGGACGUAAGAGGAGUGAUUUUCUCCACUAAAAUACAGUACCAUUGACGGCACUAGACGUCCAAUCAGUUUUGAAUGGAAGGGCUAAUGAACGAACAAGUGGUCAUCUAAGCUAGGAUCCAUACACCGAGUAGGUCUGCAAGCACAGACGGUAAUCCUUUAAGAGGAUCACUUCAGGAAGAAGGUGCAGAAAGGAGACGGUUGGAGCACAAGAUCCACAAAUAUGAUCAUCUCCAAGCAUUCUGAUGUAACUUUAUGAUGGAAAGGUCUGAGAGAGGUUAAGUGAUUACAAGAUGGCGGCGGCAAUGCUGAAGGUUGCGUGCAGCCUGGCGGGCUGGUUGGGUCUCUACGUACUGCUGUGCCGGCUCUCGCCACAGCGCGGGCCCGAGUGGAACUGCCGACUGGUCACGCUGACGCACGGGGUCGCCAUCAUGAUGUUGACGGCGUACGUGAUCUUCGUGGAAGGUCCCUGGCCCCUCACGCACGCAGGUAGUGAGAACACGGAGCUGCAGACGUCGGCGCUGUGCGUCUGCCUGGGCUACUUUCUCUUUGACAUGUCCUGGUGCGUGCGCUUCGGUGGUGAGAGCGCCGUCAUGCUAGGCCACCACGCCGCCAGCAUCGCGGGCAUCCUGCUGGCGCUUCUGAUGGGCGUGUCGGCAUGUGAGACGUGCGCCGUCAUCUUCGGUAGCGAAAUCACCAACCCCCUACUGCAGGUCCGCUGGUUCCUACGCCGUCUGGGCCGCUACGACAGCUUGCUGGGCGACACUGUGGACCUGCUCUUCAUCGUCCUCUUCGCCACCGUGCGGGUGGGCGUGGGCGCUUGUAUGUUUUACUGCGAGCUGACCUCGCCCAGGACUGCGCCCAUCAUGAAGCUGGGCGGCGUUGUCAUGUACGGCCUGGCCUGGGUGUUCAUGGUGGACAUCGCCAGGUUCGGAUACAAAAAAAGUAAAAUGCGCUACAAACAGUGGUGUGAGAGGCGCAAAGAGUUUCACGUGGAUGGACAUCAUUUAGACAACAGGAAGAGUGGUUGCUUCAAAUCAGAAUGAAACAGGGGUGAUAUCAUGACUUUUUUGUAAGUUUACUCAUGAUUUACACACCUACCAAAUUUCAUGAGAUUUGGGGAAACGGACAAACUCAAAAUUGUCCAGCAAUUUACUCCUGGAUAUGCUUCCAAAUUCUACACUUCAAACCAAAAUGACUGACAUCCUUUGUCUUUUCAGUCAGGGCUUCUUGAGAUUUUUUUGUGGGUCUACUCAAGCUUGACAGGCCUCUCAAAUAACAUGCUGCCAAGAGAAAACGGCUUUGGGCUAAGGUUAGAUUUCAUACUUGAGUGGUGCUUAUCAAAAGUAAAAAUGAAUGAGCAUAAAGUUCACAAUUCACACCAAAAUGGUAGACUUUUAGAGAUUUUUUUGUGGGUCUACUCGUUAUUGACAUACAUACAUAAUUUAGAGCAAGAUGUCUUCAAAACACUCAACAUGCAUUUGAAUUAUUUUGUCACAGAGAUACAUACAUUGGCCUUGAAGGUGGAAUUUGUAAAUGGUUCAAGUUUAGAAUUUUAUUUAUCUUAUUGGGGAAGGGUGAUUUGUGAUACGAGCGGGGUCAAGUAUCAGAUUCAACUUUUAACUCAAGGCACUGCUGCGUAAGAAUAAAACAAAUACAAAUUAAAACAAGUAAAUGUUUUAUUUUUUAAUAACUUAAAAGAGGAAUUUCAAAUAUAUACAGUAUAUUAAAAAAAAGGCCCAAAACAGGCUUUCAGCAGGCAUGUUAAACAGUGUCAGUGGCAUUUUUCAAGUCAUUGUAGGCCUGGGCGAUAAAUCUGUUAUCAAUUCAAGUUUUAAUAAUUAAGAGUUUGUCCUGUGUUGUUGUUGUUUUUGCAUAAAAGGAAAUCUAGCUAAUCUAGAUUAUUCCCCAUAAGAAUUUCUUUCUUAAAUUAUUACUUUGUAACAGCAAAAAUAGGGAUAAGACUUUUGUACUUUAUUUAUGUUACCUUUUUUUCUACACUUCAUAUUUUUUUACCCUGUAUAGGGUAAGUGAUGGUUUUCAGAAUUAAAAAAAAUAACUACGAGGCCAUGACAUUUUGGGUCUUGUGGACAACAAUAUCAACAUUUGCGAUGAUAGUGAUGUCGACAUAUAUAGACGCCAGAUCUCAAUUAUAAUUACAUGUUUAUUAUUAUAUUUUUUUUUUUUGAAGGAGAUAAUAAAAUUAUAAUAAACCUUUAAAGGGCUCCACGGACAGAAAGACUUGUUCUACUUGUUGUUCUUAAAAGAUAAACGUUAUUUUGAGUUAAAAAACAUUGAUAUUGAAACCACUCUUAACGUUUUCGUUUUUAUGGCGUUUGUAAAAUUAGUUUAACUAGUAGGUCGCCAUUGUUGUUGACAUCGCAGGGCGGUGGCGUCACAUGGUUACACUGCCAGGCUUCCACAGUAUGACUAGCGACAUAAACAUGUCAUCUCUUCAACCCUUUCAUUUUGAACCCGGGAGGAACAUUAAUGACCAUAACAGCACUGUCGAUAUUUCACAAAAUAAGCAGCAAAAGCAAAAUGACCAAGAAAGACAGGAUAAGACGAGACGAGAGUAGUUAAAAAAAAAAAAAAAAAAACGGUAUUCUGCCACAAUGUGCUACACCAGCGAAAUGUUCUAUAAGAGGCGAAUUUGACACCCAAAGUGCUACCAUGCGCUUUCAGCUUGUUGUGUUUAGAUGCAUACAGACAGAACAUACUGUAGAUGCCUUAAGAAAAAACAUCAACGUAGUAAUAUCAAUUAAGGGUGGUUUCAAUAUAAUGUGGUCAAUCUGCUUUAAAACUACCACAAGAAAACACAAUGCUUAAAAAUAUGAGAGGGAAACACAUGCAAUAUGUAUUUUGAGGCAAUGAAAAAAAAUAAAAGAAUAAAAACACUACUAAUUACUCGCCACUUUUAACUGAUGAGCGCGUGUGUUGGACUUUUCGCCACGUAGAAGGAAUUGCAGUAACCUGGUAGUAUUCAUCGAGUAACUGACAAUCUAUGUCAUCAACCCGAGCGUCCAUAAAACAUGGCGCCCUCCGUAGGUCAAAACAUGUACUAAAUAUUAUAGAUUUUUUAUCAAUGGCAAUAUUUUAGGCGUUUCGGAUAAUAUAUUUUAGUAAAAGAGAAAAAUUUUGGGUUAUUAAAGCAAGUCUUUAAGUCCGAGGUUCCCUUUAAUGAAAAACUUGACUAAAAACAAAUACAAUUUAUCUAUAACACCCCCAAAUUUUUUUUUUCUUCUACAGUAUUUAACUCAUCGCCUGCCAUUAACAAGGAGAGAUAUCCAAUUCAUUUAAAAUGGGAGGACUGGAAAUAUGACUGAAUGCUCAUAUUUCAGUGCCAAUGACAGUUCGCCCCUCUCUGUCAAAAUUAAUCGGACGUCAAGCGCUGUCAGUGGGAGGCAAUGGCUUCAAAUCGUGCCCUUAUAAGUGUUAAAAAAAUUUUGCGCUUUUUCUGUCUUCUGUUCUCAUUGUCCCCUUUAAAAAGUGGGUGGGGGAAAAUUUUAUUUGUAGGCCAUAUCGCCCAGCCCUAACUCACUGACCUAACUCACUGACUGCCAAUGACGGCAAUAGACAUUCAAUUGGACAUACCCUCACCCCUGUCCCUCCCCCCAAAAAAAUAAAUAAAUAAAAUAAAAUAAAAUCUAAAGAAAGGGACUUUUGUUGAUUUUUCUAAAUGGGUUGAAUGGUAAAAAAAAAAAUGGAUAAGUUGCAUUCCUCACCGCUUUAGUCCUUCUUGGCCAGUUUGUCCUUGCGCCUCUGCCGCACCUCUGCUACAAUUUUGAGCAACGACAGCAGGAGGGGUACACCCAUGGGCAAGAAGAGUGGGAUGUAGAUGGCAAACUUCUGGUCACUGGGGAAGUAGAGAAGGUGUAGCAGCGAAGGGUCGAAGAAGGCUCGCUCUGACGCCAGGAUGGCCUCCUUGCUGUACUGCAAAGCGAAGGCCAGGUUGCCUGACUCCAACUCGGCUGUUGCCAGCUGCAGCGACGCCACGGCGUUGGACACCUGCCUCCCACCAAAAAAAGAAAUAUGCAUAGUAUUUUAUAAAAAAAAAAAACAACAAAAGACAUUUAAAAAGAAAAUGUCAAAUGUUUAAAUUAGUCUACAGUAAUGUUCAGAAGAAUUAAGACAGUUUGCCAUUCCACUGAAUGAUGAAGUGUCUUAAAACAUUUGACCAGGAGUGUGUUUUAAAGUUUUAUUUUUUUUCAUUUUAUUUUUUUUUAAAGACAAAUAUUUUAAGAUAUUUUCGAAAAACUUAAUGAAAAAAUUGUCUAUUUUUGACGAGGGAAAAAAAACAAUCUUUAGAGAAAAAAAAUAUUUUGAGAAACAAGGCUUUACCACAAAAUAUCAAAACUUAUUCUGACAGGGAUAAAUUUUCUUUCAUGAAGGUCUUCCAUUUCCUCCAGAACUAUAAACUGUAUAUACAUGUUUUACUUCAAAAUAUACUUUGUCUUCAAAAUAUUUCAAUAUUUCUUCAUAAAAAUUUCCUAUUUCACUCAGAAUGCUGACGCCAUUAUAGUGCUCACGCUAAACCUUUUUUCCCCUAUUCCAUAGUAUUGAACUCAUUGUCUGCCAUUGACAACGUUAGAAUUCAUUUUAACUAGCCAGCCAGUUAAUGCUUAUUUUUCAGUGCCACAGACCGCAUUAGACGUCCAAUCCAUUUUGACUAAGAGGGGUGAAUAAACGAAUGGAUUGGAUGUCCGUCAAUGGAAAUGGUUAGACAAAAAUACUGCAUAAAACAGUGCAUUUCUGUUUUCAUUCAUUUGAACUGUAUUUAUUUUGUUUUUAACAUUUUAUUUUAUUAUUUUUUUUUUUUUACUUUAUAAAGACAGAAAUAUAAAAUUUACAAAUAUUUGUUUUUUCCAAUUAUUAAAAAUCACUUGACCUAUAUCAGGUUAACA